AACCGCUAAGCUGGAAAGGAAAAGGGCUCUCUCUCUCUCUCCCCCCCUCCCUGCAGUUCACCUUCAUGACACUGCACUAUCAUCUGUCAAUAUAUUUUUGUUCCGCAGAAGAUACACAGUGAGUGAGGCAGUGGAGGGAAAGAAUUAAAGAAGCAGAGGAGCACUAGAAAAGAGCGACGGUGCCCACGAUAGCACCUCUGCCUUUUCAUGGAUUCCUCUCCUUCUUCUUCGUCUUCCUCUCUCAUCUGCUUUAUCCCUUCUCGAUAUCGCUUCCUCCCCACGGCAUCCUUGCUCUGAUUGAUACUCAUACGCAGACGCAUAGGAAAGAGUCCGAUUCCAAUAACUUUCCGUUCUCAAUAGUUGUUGCCUCCUCCCUGUCGACAUUAGAAGAACCCUAACCUUCCUAUCGUCGAUUCUGGCAGAUCGUUUCCUUUUCCGGUCCAUCCAGAAGAGGAGGAGGGGGUUUUGCGGCGCCAAAAUGUUGUGGCUCAUGCGAUUCUCGGGAUUUUUCUCUGCCGCAAUGGCUCUGGUUGUUCUCUCUCCAUCUCUGCAAUCGUUUCCUCCGGCGGAAGCCAUCAGAUCCUCCCACCUCGACGGAUAUCUCCGUUUGCCAGUCCAGAUGCCCCCCACCGAUAGUGAAAACCGAUUUUCAUUCCGGAAAGCCUCUGCAUUCCGCAAUGCCGAUAAAUGUGGUUCGAAUCAAAGGGAGGUUUCGGGGGAAAUGAGUGUUUGCGAUCCUUCUUUGGUACACGUGGCGAUAACACUCGACAUUGAAUACCUCCGCGGUUCAAUCGCGGCUGUGCACUCCAUUCUGCAGCAUUCCUUGUGCCCGGAAAGCAUCUUCUUUCACUUCCUCGUGUCGGAAACAAAUCUGGAGUCGAUAGUUCAAUCGACGUUCCCCCAGUUGAAGUUCAAGGUGUAUUACUUCGAUCCAAAGAUUGUAAGGAACCUGAUCUCGACCUCUGUUAGGCAAGCGCUUGAACAACCCUUGAAUUAUGCCAGGAAUUACUUGGCGGAUCUUCUGGAGGGUUGCGUGAGCAGAGUGAUUUACCUGGAUUCUGAUCUAGUCGUGGUUGAUGAUAUAUCCAAACUGUGGAGUACGAGCUUGGGUUCUAAAACAAUCGGGGCACCGGAAUACUGCCAUGCCAACUUCACCAAGUAUUUCACGGCAGGAUUCUGGUCAGACAAGCGGUUCUCCGCCACUUUUGCGCGGCGGAAACCGUGCUAUUUCAACACAGGAGUGAUGGUUAUAGAUCUAGUCAAAUGGAGGAAAGCCCGGUACACGAAGCAUAUCGAAAGAUGGAUGGAAAUCCAGAAGAGCGAUCGGAUCUACGAGCUGGGUUCACUUCCGCCGUUCCUACUGGUUUUCGCAGGACACGUGGCACCCAUCGAGCACCGGUGGAACCAGCACGGCCUGGGUGGUGAUUACGUCAGAGGCAGCUGUCGAGAUUUGCACCCAGGUCCAGUUAGCCUGUUGCAUUGGUCCGGUAGCGGCAAGCCAUGGCUCAGGUUGGACUCCAAACGGCCCUGCCCACUCGACGCCCUAUGGGCUCCUUACGAUUUGUACGGUCACACCCUCUGAAACGUCAUGACGGCAGCAAGGGUUGUUGCCGGUAAAUUCCCUCCAGCCUUCAGGACUGUUUUGUGACACAUCCUUUGUUCACUUGAUUCUCAUUUUGGUAUUUUUUUUUUCCCUCCUUUCUUUCUUUCUUUUUUUUCUUUUGUUCUCUUAGUUCUUACUUCGAUCGUCUACUAAUUUUUCAUAUUAGACUAUUAUUUUUUUUCA